UCUUCUGAACUCCUCUGCAGCCAGAGAUGAGCCUGGAGAAAGCAGAAGAGAAGAGAGCUUGAGGUUCACCUGGUGAAAAAGGACAACCUGAGUCAUCGAGCCGGAUACGCCAGUUUGAUCUCAAGAUGGCUGAGGAGGAUCUCCGGGGCUCGAGCACCCGUUUCUCGCUCUCUUUUUCGGGCAGUGGCUUUCUCGUCCUGUAUCAGGUUGGGGUGGUGCAGUCCCUCCUGGAGCUGGCUCCUGAGCUCCUCAAGUCCGCAUGCAAGGUCUACGGCUCGUCUGCUGGCUCGCUCAUCGCUGCCGCUGUGGUGUGCGGCGUCGGCCUUGAUGACCUAAAGGAAUUUUUCUUUGCCAUGGCAAAGGAGGUCAGGAAAACCAUCCUGGGCCCUCUCUCUCCCAAGUGCAGCUUGCUGGCAAAUAUCAAGACAGUUUUGCAGCGGAUGCUACCAGAGGACUCCUACCAACUGGCUUCAGGGCGGCUCCACAUCUCACUCACGCGGGUGGUGGACGGCCAAAACGUCAUGGUCUCUGAGUUCAGUUCGAAAGAGGAGCUCAUUCAGGCUCUUCUCUGCAGCUGCUUUCUUCCUAUCUACUGUGGAUUCAUCCCUCCAUCCUACCGAGGCGUGAUCUUCAACGGCAGCAUUCAGAUCUCCAUAGAAAACCUCUGCAGGAUCAGCUAUGCUCUCUUUCCACCUAGCACCAUGGUCUUGAACGACAUUUUCUCCCAAGGGUACCAGGACACGGCCCUUUUCCUGUACAGGAACAAUGCCUUUGGCUUUAACUACUUCGACGGCAAUUUCCGCUUCGCCAGCAUGUGUGGGAAGAACGACUUUCCACAAUCCAAGUGGACGUGCGCUGGCCUAUGCAAAAGGGUACCACAGUGCCUGACUCCGUGCUUCCUGCCAGGCUUGGCUCUAUGGAGGAAGGAGCAGCUGACUGGACUGCAGGAUCCACUGUCGAGGGUCCUGUUGCAGCCAUACAGGCUGCCGGCUUUUGUCAGGAAAGGGCUGAAGAAGCUGUGGGGGCUGCUGGAAGGUAUCAGCUCCACAGUAAAACGGUUCCAGAAGCUCCUCCAAACCAUGAUGCCUGGCUUGCCUAAAAGAACAAGGAG